AUGGUCAUUGCUGGAUCUAGCAGCUUCCUAACUCUUUUGAACCAGCAGCUCGCAACAGACCGCGUUUCUGUCCCGACUGCCUUCAAGCCGCAUACCGUCCCCGUGGUCGCAGCGCGACCUCGAGCUGCUUUCAUGAUGACUGCUACUACGUACAUCACGGCAUCUCGAGCUACUGCGGGCUGUGGAGAGAGAGAGAGAGGAGAAGGAGAGGGACAAGAAGUUCACAGCCGUUGUGUCGUUGAGGGGGGUGGUCAGCCGCCGCACACACUCUCUCAGUUAACCACAACCAGUCUGGCACAUUUGCCUUCCACCUCCAACCCCUUGAGCCUCGACCUGUCCCAUGAAUCCUACUCUUACCUUCUGAGAGCCCAGAAAGCUCCAUCCAACGGGUUCAUGGGGCCCAUGAGCCUGGCUGUGGGCGUCGACGACGUGGGGCCGCUUGCGCCAUCUCCGACUCCCCGACCGCCGGCCGCUGGCCCCAAGUCAAACAAAAGCCGACUACCUUACUGUCUGUCCGUCGCCUCCGUCCUGUUUGUGUACCCUUCGGCUUCGUCUCGAGCCAGUCCGUCUGCUCCUCGCACGAGUCUUGACGUCUGUCAGCUGCAUUGGCAGCCCAUAACCACUCGCUGCCCUGACCGUUCAAGCUUUCCCUUCAGUACUUUAGCGAGUAAUCUUCCUCGCUGGCGAGAGCUCAACUACCGUCUACGAGAGCUCGCUUCUACGUCGCAAUUGUGUACACUACGCAGCAGCCAGCAAUGCGCUCCAUGGACUGCUGAGCCUGGCCUGGCCUGGCCUGGCUUUCCCUCAGGCUUUUCGCUCGCUAGUGCGAGCUUGCAACGUCAGGUUCUAUUCGGGUUGGGGGCGGUUCUCGAAGCAUCACGCGAGUGCAGGGGGAUCCCUCUGUGGGCAAGAAAUUGCGACAUUUCCGCCUUGCCUGCCAGUCUGCGCAGCCACCAGCCUGCGCAACAGCUCUCCGCCGCAGCUCUUAGAAGACAGCCCUGGCUGGUCUUCGCCUCGAAUCUCAUGUCGCUCUGUCUCUCGACGACGCGGGUGUUUCCCGUCAUAAGCGCACUUAGAAGGCACCUGGAGCCAAACCCACGUCUCUAUGACCACGCCCACGCCACACGGGCCAGCUUGCUAGGCUCCACGUGGGCCAUGGAGUCCGUGGUACGAUGCUGGGGGGCAGUCCCGGCAGAAACAAGCAUGUGCCGAGUCACCGUUACAACCUGCAGAUAG